AAUCCCCUAUUCCCUAGUCGUUUAUUCUAUCUUGAUAAUCGUCAAUUUCAAUCUCAAUAUUGAAUGGUCCGUAAUCAGUUUAAAAACUCGAAAAAUGAGGAAGUUUACAUUUCGAGAAAGAUUUGCAGCACAAAUUUUUAAAAUUGCCACUUUUGAAAAUUACGAACAUUUUUUAUAAGUAAUUUAUAAACAAUCAAUCUUCCAGAAUAAACGUAUUUUUUCGGUAUCAUAAACAAUUAUUCUUAUUCACUAGGUCGCUAAUAGCAUCGUAUUUAAUAAUUAAUGAUUAAUGAUAUUACAUCCCUCACAUUUCUGGAGGUAGUGGAAAAUAUUAUUGUGUGCGCAUGGCAUUCUGCCGUCGAUCUCUUCACCAUUUCAUGGAGCAAAUCGAUCGCGUCUCGCGCGCAACGAAAAGGGGAUGCUGGCCACUCUCAUCUCAACCCCCAAACGCCGCCUCCAGUCAAUGUUACCAUUAAAAAUUAUAAAAAAGUGUUUAAUAUAAAAGCCACCGGGAAGACUUUCUCCAAUAACCCAAUGAUGUCGAAUUGCAAUUAUUGAGUAUUAGAAAGUGAAAAUUUAGCGUUAAAUACAUGAUAAAAAUCCGCGCAAGUGCCUCAAUUAUUAGACUUAGGAAGACGUCGUAGUUGUGAAGGCUCGAAGGCUGUCUUCCAGUCCUAUUCAUCCCUUACGAGAAUUUUUUCAAUUAUUUUUUCCAUCGGAAAAUUCUCCCCGGCGAUUUCAAAGCGUAAGUAUCUCUCAAUUAAUUAAUUCACCACCAUUUCAUUCACUCGAAAAUUAAUAGAAUGUAAUAUUUGAGAGAUUUGAGGAGUUGGCGCCACAUUGGCAUACUAAUUACUCCAAAUAUAAAUCAUUUUCUUGGGUAAUCAAUUUUUUUUUCCAAAGAUUUAUUGAUUCAUUAGGUAAUAUUGCUAUGAUUGCAUUACAUUUCUGGGCCAUUGCGCCCCUUUUUAAAUAAGAAAUAGGCCUGAGAAGUAGGUUCAGAAGUGAUAAUCAAUAAAAUAUCAUUUGCAGCACGGCCUACAUUUUUCAUUUUUCAGAAAUGCAGAUAAACUAACUUUUAAUUUUUUUCUUUUUAAUGUAAAAACGAUAUAUGAUAAAUUUUUCAUUCCUUAGAGCAACAAAUAUGGCAAAUUUCCGGGGCUUUUACAUUCCCUCGUUCAGCGCAACGGUGAGUGUGAUGUGGGAAACUGUGAAAGCGAAAAUGCCGGAUAAUAGUCCGUGUAUGGAGUUAAUUCGUGGAGGUGGAGCUGGUGGACCCCCGCAACCGGGCCAAUUCAAGGGGUAUGGUGAAGGCGGGGAAAAUACAGAAAUGACAACGAUGAAUGGGGAGCAGGCGUUUGGGGGUCAGAACAGUGUGGGGGUGGCUGAGGACUCCUUCAGCUAUCAGCGAAAUGGAGACAAAGCGAGAGGAGCAAGUGUUAGCAGUGGGGGCUUCAGUGAAUACGACGACGGUGGCGAAUUUGCUUCUGGAGUUAAGAUCAACGAGUGGCAAGCUGCUUGGAAUGUUACCAAUGCCAUUCAGGGGAUGUUCAUCGUCUCCCUUCCCUUCGCAGUCCUCCGAGGUGGCUACUGGGCGAUUGCAGCAAUGAUUGGUGUCGCCCACAUCUGCUGUUACACAGGUAAGAUCCUGGUGGAGUGCCUUUACGAAUUGGAUACGGUGACUGGCCAGCGGGUUCGUGUUCGUGACUCCUACGUAGCGAUUGCCAAAGAAUGCUUUGGCCCGAGAUGGGGAGCCAGAGCUGUCAACCUGGCACAGAUAAUCGAGCUUCUGAUGACGUGCAUCCUCUACGUGGUGGUCUGUGGUGAUUUGCUCAUCGGUAGCUAUCCAGAGGGUGCGAUAGACGCUCGAAGUUGGAUGAUGCUGGUGGGAAUAUUUCUCAUUCCCCUCGGCUUCUUGAAGACCCUCCAGUCAGUUUCCAUCCUCAGCUUCUGGUGCACAAUGGCCCACUUGCUGAUCAACGCUGUUAUCCUUGGUUAUUGCCUCUUGGAAAUUGGUGACUGGGGCUGGGCCAAGGUCAAGUGGACCAUUGACACGGAGACCUUCCCAAUAUCUCUGGGAGUCAUUGUCUUCAGUUACACUUCCCACAUAUUUUUACCAACUCUCGAGGGCAAUCUUAUCGACAGAUCAAAAUUCGAUUGGAUGAUUAACUGGAGUCACAUUGCAGCUGCUGCUUUCAAGUCCCUGUUCGGUUGGCUCUGCUUCCUAACCUUUCAAAAUGAUACCCAACAGGUCAUCACGAAUAACCUCCACUCCACUGGCUUUAAGGGACUCGUCAAUUUCUUCCUAGUCAUUAAGGCCGUUCUGUCGUAUCCUUUGCCAUAUUAUGCUGCGUGCGAACUUCUCGAGAGACAGUACUUCAGGGGAAGACCCAAGACUAUUUUCCCCACCAUCUGGACUGUUGACAAGGAACUCAAGGUCUGGGGACUCGCUUGGAGGCUCGGGGUCGUUAUAUUCACAAUUUUGAUGGCCAUAUUCAUUCCGCAUUUCAGUAUAUUGAUGGGUUUCAUUGGGUCUUUCACUGGGACUAUGCUCUCAUUCAUUUGGCCGUGCUAUUUUCAUCUGAAGCUCAAGAGAAACUCCAUGGACACCAGCGAGGUCGCUUACGAUUGUUUUGUCAUUUUUUUGGGGGUAUUGUUUGGAGUCAUUGGGGUUUAUGACUCGGGGAAGGCGCUAGUCAAGGCUUUCGAAAUUGGAUUGCCCUUUUAAAAGAUUCGAGGAGGUCUAGUAGGGUUUCCAUGGGGGGAUGGUACAAUAGACUCGCGAUAUAGUCACUCCGUGACACUAUUUCCCUACCAUCACAGUGUGACUGUCUGGAGCUCCAGUUUCUCGGGAGUAAGGAUGGUGAAAUCAAAAUAAGCUAUUGCUAGUCUGACGAAUACCCCAAUUAGCAUUGCAGCCGACUAAUUGAUUUUUUAUUGACCUAAUUUUCGUUCACCCAAUUUAUUAUUUGUAUGGAUACGAUUUUUUGGAAAUUUUUUGACUAUUGUCUUAGUCCAAUUGCAAGAACGACUAUGUCAAGAGUCCAUUGUAUUAUGAUUGAGGGGAAAGGUGGUUGAGUUUAUCUUCUGCCUCCAUUUUAUCGAGAAUGUCAAAGGUCUUCCAUUAGAAAAUCUAUUGUAAGUCUUCCAAUUCCCUACGGGAUAAAUUUGAAAAAUUUAUUGGUAAACGAUAAUGAUUUUUAUUCUUUAUCGAAAAAUAUUUAGAGCUGUAGGAAAAAUACUUUAUUUGUGAGAAUUUUUGACAAAAAAAGUUAGAUAAUUUAUUCUCGACAUACAAGUGUCUGGGCGAUACAUAAAUUUGUGAAUGAAACUGCAAGAAUCAAUGUCUUCCCAAUAACACAAAUGAUAAAAAAAAAGUGUGAAAAUGAAAAUAAUAUUAUGUACAAGAAUAUAUAAUUAUACACUGUUGGCUAGGUUUUGGAUUUUAUAAGUGUAUUACGAGAAUACAGUUUACGAUUAUUUAUAUUAAAUGUCGCCAAAAGAAAUCAAUGGCAGGAAUUGGGUGAAAAAAAAAACUAAAUGAAUUUUGGUUCUAAUGCACCUGUACAAAAUUCCAAUAAUUAAUAUACUCAAUGAUUAAUCAAACUAGCCAUCUUUGUGCAGUAACACAAAAGAAGGAGGGAAUUAAUCUCAAAUGAAACACUAAAAAAAAUAAUCAAACGUCUUCCAAAUGAUCUUUUCAUCAAAAGGUCAGUAAAGAAAUAUAGAAAUGAAAAUAAUGUAGGAAUAAGAGUUAUAUCGUAGGUUUAAUUAUUGUAGAUUUAUACUAGGAGAGAGAUUUUUCUUUGCAUUUCUCAAUUGUAAUUUUUAUAUCAUUUCCCCAUUUUGUUGGUGAACAUAUCAGGGGAAUAACGCAAAAAAUAUUGUAGUAGAGGUGGAAGAUAUUACAGAUAUUUAGCGCAAUGCUGAGGAUAAAAACAACAUCCAUUCGGAAGCCAAUGAAAUUAAAAAGGGAAAUUAGUCUCGAUUUUUGGCAAACAGCUACUGAAUUAUCUUGAUCUGUUUGAUUUAAAAAAUGUUCCAUUCCGUUGAGAUUUUUUUUAAGGGUUGAAAAAUAACUAGAGAACAUCUGUCAUGAGUUCUUACUGUGUGGGCAAACAUUCUUCUGUAAUGAGAUCAUGUCUUUAAUCAUUGCACUACUAAAUGAUCUUUCUGCCAAUGAAACGAAUGUCUUCCAUAAAAAAAUAACGAGAUAAACUCUUGUUGAUAUCAUUUGAGCGUUGCAAAAUAUAAUAAUUAUUAAGUCAGGGAUUUAAAACCGAAUAAAAAAGAUGAAAAUGUGUAUGUGUUAUGAAAAUAAUACGAAAUCGUGGUGCAGCGAAAUGUAAAAUGUAUAUGGAACGAGUACAAUUUUGAGGCGCCACGAAAUUAACAUAAAGACAAUAAAUAAUCAUCGAGUGAAUAAGAAAAAAUUUAUUGGCGAAGAACACGGCUUAAAGAUUAAUGCAAUUUUUGGAUUAUAAAAAAUGUCGUGCUUCGUAGCGCCUUGAAAUAAAUAUCUCGUCAGUGUUAAAAAUGGAUAUACGUUAAAAAAUGAAACAAAUAGAAUUGUAAACAAAUGUAACGGGCUUCCAUAUAAACUGAUGAAUGAAGAAAUGAAAAAAAAUACAUUAUGAAGAAUUUA